CCUGCUCAAGUGUCCCACCUUUCCACUGGAGAUCAUUUGGAGGAGCAGCUAGCAAGUUGUGAAGAGAAAGUGCUGGCCAAAAUCUCUGUUUUUUGGGAUGAGGAGUCAACGUCUUCAGAACCCAUGGCGUAUGUACGGCCCCUUUUAUUACCUUCCAACCCGAGACCGGACAAGCGGCCAAAUUUAUUUAAAUGGAGCUUGAUUCCAACCCAAAGGACCCCACUGCACCCCAUCCCCACCGAGUCUGGAACCCCAGACGAUGAGGAAGCUGAACAGGAGAAGGACGAGGAGGAUAGGUACGAGCAUCAUGCUGAGAUCCUGACAGUCGAGUGCAAGCAGCAGAAGCCGGUAGAGAAGUGGGUGGAGAAAUACAGGCCUGUCAAACUGGGACAAAUUGUGGGGAACAAAGCGACAUUGAGUCGUCUGGAAUUGUUCGCCAGAAAGGGAAACGUCCCCAACAUCAUCAUAGCAGGUCCUCGAGGAACAGGGAGAACCACCAGCAUCUUGUGUUUGUCCCGGGCACUGCUGGGAGCAUCGAUGAAGGACGCUGUGCGCAGCUGCGCCCAAGAGCCUACAACAAGAAAGAAACGCCAAGUCAGAGCGGGACUUGAUGGUGUUAGGAGAAAAAUCAAGGUGUUUGCUCAGCAAAAAGUCGCGCUGCCGAAAGGAAGACAAAAAAUCCUCAUCCUGGACGAAGUCGACAGGUCUGACAACAAGCUGCAAUUUGGUUAG